AUGCGCUAUCCAUCUGUCUUGGAGCGGUGCUAAAACAACCUGGAACUAACAGCUAACGGCAGCCUGAAUACAGCCAGGGUAACCUAUACCAUGCAACCUAGAGAGGAGGACAAGCCCGGAGUAGUGAUUCUUGAACCAUUUCUAAUUUGACGGAGUAUUUUUUACUAUUAUUCGUUCUCGUCUAUAAAAUAGAUGGACAUUACCGCAAUUGUGUCAAUUUGACAUACCUCCAUACAUUCACUCGUCCGCGCGCACACACCACACAAUUGCAGUCAGACGGGCUCCGGUUAGGAGAUUCAGAAACGCUCAAGGAUAUUAUCCCCCAAAACUUUAAAUCAUGGAUUUAUUUUUUAUUCCACCACGAAUUUGCUGGUGGAGGGUAUUGUUUCUUUUGAGCAUCUUUCAGGACUACUUGAGCAAUAUGCUGGACUGCCCGCCAACCUGCAGCUGUUCUCCAACUGAGAUAUAUUGCAAUAAGUCUGACAAUGGGAAAUUCUUUCCUUUGCUUGCACUGCAAGAUACUGGGAACAAUGGAAAUAACAGCAUCGAAGAUCUGUUCAAGAACAUCACCUCAAUACACAUUGAGAACUGGACUGGCCUGCAGACCCUGAAGGAUGUGGACAUGGAGCUGUACACUGGACUUCAGAGACUAACGAUCAUGAACGGCAACCUGCGCGGUAUCCAGGCCAGAGCCUUCUCCCAGAACCCCCACCUCCGCUACAUAAACUUAUCGAAGAAUCCUCUGACCACAUUAUCAUGGCAACUCUUCCAGAAUCUUCAACUCUUCGAGCUGAGGCUGGAAGAAGUGGUGUUUGAGUGUGGCUGUGAUAUCCGCUGGAUCCAGCUAUGGCAGCAGCGAGGGGAGGCUGGCCUGCACACCCAGCUGUUAUUCUGCAACAACGGAGCCUCCAAGAUCCCUCUCCAAGCUAUGAAUAUCUCCCUCUGUGACUUGCCGGACAUUAGUGUGACCCACUAUAAUCUCACAGUGAUUGAGGGGGACAGAGUCACCGUCACCUGUAAUGGAUCUGGAUCCCCCCUCCCUGAGGUGGACUGGACCGUCAAUGACCUCCACUCCAUCAACACUCACCAGUCCAACGUGUACUGGCCCAAUGUCCACUCCAUCAACCUGACCCUGGUCAACGUGAGCCGUGAUGACAACUUCUACAUGCUGACCUGUAUAGCAGAGAACAAAGUGGGGAUGGCCAACGCCUCCAUCCAGCUCACUGUCCAUUUCCCCCCCACCAUCCUGAAGCUAGACGAGCCCGAGCGUCGCCAUGAAACCUGCAUAGAGUUCACAGUGCGCGGUAACCCCCAGCCUACCCUGCGCUGGUUCCACCGGGACAAGGAGAUCCCCCCCAGUGACUACAUCCGCACUGAGAUGGAUACCUACCAGGACUACCUAGAGGGAUGUCUCAACUUCAAGGACCCCACGCACCACAACAACGGCAACUACACUCUGGAAGCUAGCAACUUCCUAGGAGUCACCACCAAGACAGUGUAUGGACACUUCCUCAACGCCCCGUUUUCAGACGAUUAUGGUGAUUAUGGGACUCCAACACCGACCAUCACAGUAACACACAGGCCUGAGGAGGACACAUUCGGGGUGUCUAUUGCUGUGGGCCUUGCUGGAUUUGCCUGUGUCCUUCUCGUUGUCCUGUUUGUUCUCAUCAACAAAUAUGGCCGACGUUCGAAGUUUGGAAUGAAAGGACCAGUAGCAGUGAUCAGUGGUGAGGAGGACUCGGCCAGCCCCCUGCACCAUGUCAACCAUGGCAUCAUCACCCCCUGUACCCUUGACGCUGGACCAGAUGCUGUGGUCAUCGGGAUGACCCGUAUCCCUGUCAUUGAGAACCCGCAAUACUUCAGACACGGACACAACUGUAACAAGCCUGCUACCUACGUACAGCACAUAAAGCGUCGGGACAUCAUUCUGAAGCGGGAGCUGGGAGAGGGGGCCUUUGGGAAGGUGUUUCUGGCAGAGUGCUAUAACCUCAGCCCUACCAAGGACAAGAUGCUGGUGGCUGUCAAGACGCUGAAGGACCCCACCCUUGUAUUUUCUCAGACGCUGAAGGACCCCACCCUUGUAUUUUCUCAGACGCUGAAGGACCCCACCCUUGCAGCGAGAAAAGAUUUCCAGAGGGAGGCGGAACUAUUGACCAACCUGCAGCACGAGCACAUUGUCAAGUUCUACGGCGUGUGUGUUGAUGGAGACCCCCUCAUCAUGGUCUUUGAGUACAUGAAGCACGGGGACCUCAACAAGUUUCUCAGAGCCCAUGGGCCCGACGCUAUGAUCCUGGUUGACGGACAGCCCCUGCAGACCAAUGGAGAGCUGGGCCUGUCUCAGAUGCUGCACAUUGCCACUCAGAUCGCCGCAGGGAUGAUGUACCUGGCCUCCCAGCACUUUGUGCACCGUGAUUUAGCCACUCGGAACUGCCUGGUGGGCAACGGCCUGCUGGUGAAGAUUGGUGACUUUGGAAUGUCCAGGGACAUCUACAGCACAGACUACUACAGGGUGGGGGGCCACACCAUGCUGCCCAUCCGUUGGAUGCCCCCUGAGAGCAUCAUGUACAGGAAGUUCACUACAGAGAGCGACGUGUGGAGCUUUGGUGUGAUCCUCUGGGAGAUCUUCACCUACGGGAAGCAGCCAUGGUUUCAACUGGCCAACAAUGAGGUCAUCGAGUGUAUUACGCAAGGACGGGUUUUGGAGAGGCCACGAGUUUGUCCCAAGGAGGUGUAUGACAUCAUGUUGGGUUGCUGGCAGAGGGAGCCCCAGCAGAGGCUGAACAUCAAGGAUAUCCAGAAAAUCCUCUAUGCCUUGGGCAAAGCCACGCCUGUCUACCUGGACAUCCUGGGCUAGUGUACGUUGGGGUUUGUCUAUCUAUCUGUUUUUCUGUCUGUCUCUACCCAACAGAUGAACAAAACCACAGGAAUAACCCAAACAACGAGCACCUUAUUGCUCCACUGUCAAACACCUACAAAAUGGGGAUGGACUUAAGUGCCUGCUACUCCUUUCGAUACACUGGAUAACAGUAUUUAAAAAAGCACUUUUACAUUUUGUUUACCUGCAUUUAAAAUUGUACAGUUACUGAAUACUGUAUGAAGAGGACAUUAUUUCUUUUUUUGGUAAAAACAGCCUACUUAAAGUAUUACACAAAAAAAAAAUGCUAGAAAAUGACUCAAUUACAAAAAGUACACAGAAAAAAAAAGCUGAAAACCCUGGAAAAAUGGUUUGCUUUUGGUAUCCUGACAGCUUGACAGAAGAUCAAACUCCCAGGUGAUUUUCUUUUUCAUUUUAUAAAUAUAUAUUAUAUAUAUUUUUUAUUUAUUUUUAUUUUCAAAGUGUGGAUAUCUGCCAUGUUUCUUGCUAAUGUCACCUGUUGGAGAUGACCUCUUGUUAUUGGCAAGUCAGACAAUUGGCAGGGACUUUUUGAAGAAAGCCUUACUGCACUCCGAUUGGCUGGAUCUAUUCUCUGACUCUGGAUCCGACAAGGCGAUUGGCUACUGAGAGGAAACAGCUUUUCAUUGAGAUGUGGAACUCAUAGGGAAGACAGAGCCAACAAUCAACACAGUCAUCUUAAUUUAAAAUUGAAUGUAUAUACUGUAAAUUUCUAUGUCACAAAAAUAUGUUAACUUAUUUAAUUUCCUAUUUAGAUUAUUUUAGUUUCUUGGUGUGUUGUAAUGGUGAGUGAAUCCUAUAGAUAUUUUGAUAAUCUUUCAUUUGUGUUACUAUUUUCUUCACCUGGUCAGUGUGUUGUUUCUGUUGCUUUUAAUGAAUUUAAUUGUCUUAUCAUUUGAUUUGGAUAUUUGAUUACAAUGUGACCUUACGAGUCAGGAUGUUAGGUUGAGACAUGAACAGGAAGUAGACUGUCAGUAGCGUAAUCAUGAUGUGAGCUUAGACAGACUGAGCAGGAUGCAUACAGUUACAGUAUGAAUUUAUGAUGAUCUUACAUAGCGCCCCCACUUCCCCUCAUUCCAGCUCACUGUUGUUCUUUCAGUGUAAUCUAGUCUUAGAUUUGCUCUCAGCCCCACAUUCUGUGUCACCAUGUAUCUCAUGUACAUCUAGCCAGAGCAAAGAGCUAUAGCUAUGAUAUAGCAUUAUAAGCUGUCACUGGCUGUGUUCUGAAAAUGACAUUUAUAUGGCAUUGUAUUAUACUUCAUCUUGUUUUCCUGGUUGUGGAUAAUGUUAUUCUACUGCCUUCAGAUAGUCAUGACUCUGAUGUUUCAAUUUCUGCAGUUUAUACAGGAAAUGUGCUACUAGACACUAUACAUUCAUAUAAUAGUAGUAACUGUCUCUCAUUUUCCAUUCUCUGUACACGUACAUUCAAGUUAAAGCAUUAUUGUAAUGCAGGCUUGAGAAUGUUUUCUUCUCUCAAUGUGCGCAAGAUUUCUGCAAACGAUCCUUUAUCUUUCUCAGCUCUCCCAAUGUUAAACAAUAGCAAACAUGGCAGACCACAGCGACGUGAAUUAUUCAUUACGUAUUAGUGAUGGAGCACUCUGUAGCUAUGGGGGCUGUUUGGAACAUUACGCUGUGAUGACAAACACUGGGGCUUUGGGAGAAAGUGCUCCUCUCUCACGCUCACUCUCUCUACCUCCCUCUCUAUCGCUCUCUCUCGCUCUCCUUCUCUCGCUCUCCUUCGCGCUCUCUCCUCUUGCUUACGCUGAGUAAUGUAAUCAUUCAAGGUUGUGUUUAGUCUCAAUAACACCCCAAUGAUAAAUCCAUAAUUAUUCAAUGCUGAGCCAAACCAUGUUUUGCCUAUCUGCAUUUUUUUUAACAAGGUGAUAUAUUAUUAUGUGAUCAAUUUCAUAUUAACGUUUAUGUACAGAAUCAUUUGCCUACUUCAACAAAAAUGUAUUUUAAAAGCUUCAAUAUGAAUUAUCUGGUCAAACUUACAAAUACUGUACUUUUCUUUCAAAUUAAAAGUUCCUUCGCGUUAGAAUGGCGAGAUACUCAAAGUUUUCUCAUCUUUUUUAGCAAGAGGUUGAAAAGUAGUUUUCCCAUCUUCUACCUAAUCACAACAUAAAAAAAUACUCUUCACCUUAAUCUCUGAAUUCUCAUCUACAAAGUUUCCUAGGUGCAUCUGGCUUGGAAGGGAAAGUGACAGGAACAUUUGUUGAUCUGGUUUCCUAUUUUAUUUCUUGAGAGAUCCAGUCAUUCUCUCUGUAUGAACGAGCAGGGAUGGGGAGGAUUGCAGAAGCUUUCAAAGACCGGUGUGUGACUCUGACAUACUGUAGUUAUGUAUGAUAAGAUGCCUCUUCCUUUAAUAUUCCUGUCGUGUUUGAGGCCUCCUGCUUUCUGCUCUCUGCAUUCAAUGACUUUACAAUUCACCUGGCUGUAUGAGUCCUGAGCUCCCACACAAAGUCAUGGAGAUUUCCCCUGGUAGAGCACCACAGUACACUCCUCUCCUCCAGCCUGUGAUUGUGGCUCCACUGGUAAACAAUUCUGCCCUCUUCCUCUCCUAACACCUCCUCCAUGGAUGAGUGCACAAAUUACAGACUGGUUAUAAUUGAAGAGAAAAAAAAAGCCAUUAGGGCGACUUAGGAGAUUUUACACAUCAUAUGCAGUGCACAGAGACUAUUAGUGCCAGAUUAGGUCCUAAUUGGAAGGAAACAGACAUGUCACUUCUAAGGUUGCUUCCCAAGCUAAGCUCCUAUAGGAAACAACAGACUCAGAGCCUCAUUUAUUUACAAUUUCCACACUGGAUUGAGAAUGUAGCUCAGUUGUUGAGCAUGGCUCUUGCAAUGCUAGGGUUGUGGGUGUGAUUCCUACAGGGGACCAGUAUGAAAAGGUAUGCAGUGGUUCUGGAUAAGCGUGUCUGCUAACGACUAAAAUGUAAAUGUUCCAAGGUAACCUUGAGGGAAGGAACUUAUAGGCAACCAUGUAAGGAACAGUGCACAUUGAUAGUCUAUACUAUCAUAUUGAAAUUAGAUAUACCAUAGUUUGAUAACAGUUACCGAAAUAAAAUACGCUCACAUUACCCUCCCUUAUAGCCCCCCUUGGAAUGUGCUGUAUAAAUCCCAGUGUAGGGGACGUUGUGUUUUCAGAAGGUGUCAAGACAUCACGGCUCUUGUCACUGUAUCCUCAGGAUGAUUCUCAUCAUUAGGUGUGUGACUUGACUGAAAGGCCAGAGCCAAGCAUUUUACACUCCAUUUACCUUGAAGCUGAUCAAUGCUCAAUGACCCAUGGACAGAGUACGCUUUAGUGCUGAUGGUAGCAGCGGGAGGGGGAUAGACUGUGGACAGGGCGGGAGACUUUGGGUGGACGAUUGAGGGGAGAGAGAAGUGGAGGGCGUCAUGUCUAUGUCUUAUUUAUCUAUCAGAGAGAAUAGAGAUGAAUUAGUUGUUUCUAAGAAUACCGGAGAUGGCCUCCACUUACCGGAGAUGGCCUCCACUUACCGGAGAUGGCCUCCACUUACCGGAGAUGGCCUCCACUUACCGGAGAUGGCCUCCACUUACCGGAGAUGGCCUUAAUAACCGUAAGUAAAGUAACUGACCGGUAGGAGGUGAUAGUGGACAAGCGCCUAAGGUUGCAACUCUAAUGAGUUGACCUUGCAGAAAUGGGGGAAAAUGACCAAUGAAAUUAGGUUUUGGCUCCAGCUUUUAGAUAUCCUUUAAAUAUGAUGGCCUGGCUGGGGGUAAUCUCUUGAGGUCAGGUGAGGAGGCAGAGCAGGGCUGGGAUAAUGCAGUGAAGGUUGUAUGCUUAGCAUGUUUCAGCCCAGUAAUAUAGCGCUGUCUAUUGGCCAGAGAGGAGAACAGAGCAGGCUGCCGGUGUCGUGUUAUGGCUGCUGCAGUGAAGAGGUCGACGAUUGAUGAGGGGUUUAAGACCUUAAUCAUGAUGGGGAGGAGUGAGGAGGGAGGCAGGAAAGCGGAACAUUGCAGUUGAAAUGAGCUCUCUUUGAGCACUUCAUAACCCAGAGGCCUGCGGAGCUAGCUUGCUACAGCAGCACUCCUCUGCUAUCUCCGCCUGUCCCCAUACACACAGCAGGAUCUGCAAGUUUACACCAAAAACAUGGUCUAAGUUUUUUCUGCUACUUUCGUCAUGUUUUGGGAGGGUAAUGUUACUGAAUUAUGGACAGGAUGAAUACUUGAUGGAGUCCAUUUGCAUCAGCUGCUGGCAUUGCAGAACAGCCGUCCUAGCAACAACAGGUCGUUAUCCCCUCUCUCUUUCCCUGCUUUCCCUGCACCUUCAAAGCAUUUAAUUAAAAUGUCCUUAUCUGAUUUUAGAAACACUCCUUUAGUUAUGAGACUAUAAACUGGCAGUUAUCCCUCUUAUCUUGGAGACGAGUACAACGCUACAGGUUCAGGAGAGGGGUUUUGAAGAACCGUCAAAAGUCGAUUUUGUGUUGCCAUCUUCUGCCAGAUGUUAUUCCUAUGACAGAUAACUAAGGCAGAUAACUAUGGCAGAUAACUAAGGCAGAUAACUAUGGCAGUUGUUUCAAAAGCAGUUUCACACAUUCCUGUCUUGACUUAGUGUCGCAUGGUUUUGUUGGCCUAGACUGAUUGAAAGAAGGAGCCACAGUCGAUCAGACUGUUGUCCCAGAUGCAUGCAGACACAGCACUAAUAACACAUGCAUUAUAUCAUGACAAAACAUGAGAAAACAGAAUAUUUCCUCUCAGAAACAUAAAAGAGGAGUGUAAAAUGAAGAGAAAAUGGGAAAAUCCUGCCAUGUACAGUCAUGCAUACUCCCACAAAAACGGCAAACCUGACUCCAUUUCCUGGAGGGAGGGAUGAAAUUGACUGCAGCGUUAAGACUUCAGAUGGGAUGUCACCCAGGAGCAAUCUCCUGCGCUGUCAGCAGACUUUGACAUCUAGAUUAACCUUGGUGCUGAGUUUUCAGAGUCUCAUUGGAAUGCAAAAAGCAUCUCCAGCCCUCCAAUCCAGGGCUCUGACUGCACUGCCCACCCUCCCACCCACCUCCCCGCCUCGCAUCCCCGUGUUCUGUGUAUGUGUGUGCGUGUGUGUGUGUGUGUACGCCUCUCUUUAGGAGAUCUGAGGGGUUGUUUGUGCUCACUGAGUGGGAGGGGAUGUGGGAAUGCUGGAACGGAUGCGAUGAACAAACACCUACCUCCUCUGCCCCUGCCCCUGGCUUUGCCUGGCUGGCUGCUACAGUGGGAAGGAGUAGGCCAGAGGGCCAGUGCCGAUAGUUGUGUUUAGGGAUCUGCCUAUUUGGGGAUUUAUCUCUCACCGUUGAUUACAGGACAAGUAGUUUAUCUAUUUUUACACCACAGAGAGAGGAUGUACACCACAGAGAGAGGAUGUACACCACAGAGAGAGGAUGUACACUACAGAGAGAGGAUGUACACCACAGAGAGGGAUGUACAUCACAGAGAGGGGAUGUACAUCACAGAGAGAGGAUGUACAUCACAGAGAGAAGAUGUACAUCACAGAGAGAGGAUGUACACCACAGAGAGAGGAUGUACAUCACAGAGAGAGGAUGUACAUCACAGAGAGAGGAUGUACAUCACAGAGAGAGGAUGUACAUCACAGAGAGAGGAUGUACAUCACAGAGAGAGGAUGUACAUCACAGAAAGAGGAUGUACAUCACAGAACAAUGAGCAAAGAGAGAAGCAGAAAAGAUCUUAAAACCUCUUUUACUGUGUCACCAAUCUAUUAUUCAGUCCUCUUUCUCUGUUUAGUCAGCUUGCAGAGGACCUUUAUGUUUUCACCGUGAUUACAACCCGGAGCAUUUCUAUUUAAAUGGUCUUCGCCUUUAAUUGGUUUGCUUAACAGUUGGCAUGGCGCUGAGCGCUGCCCUGAAGUUUACUUCUAAAUGCAAUACCUUCUGCGAGAGACACGUCUGGCUGUUUCAAGAAUAGAACAAUCUCUGAUUAUUGUGUCAAUUCAUGGUCUGUAACAACAGGAUCAAAGACUAAACUAACCCCCGCCUCACCCUCACCCUGAGUGUUGCUAUCACUAAAUAUUCUAGUUUGUUUUGAUAACUAAGUUACUGUUUCUCUCAUUUACCUCAGGUCAUGGUGCCUGUACCCACUUGACACAGACAUCAAUUCAACUUCUAUUCCACGUUGGUUCAACAUGGAAACAUGCUAAUUUAACCAGUGUGUGUGCCCUUGCUGUUGUAGACUAGACUUGCUAUUGUAGACUGUAUUGGGAAAGAAUAUGGCUGGGGGUUCUAGGAAGAACAGAGUGUCUGACCUUGUCUCUCAACCUGCAGCACUGAGAUUCUUCCUGCUUUGAGCUCAUAGCACUGGGAGUUUCAUUAAACUUCCUCAGAUGUAGAUGUAAACAAACCGAACGCAAGAUAGAUAUGGUUUCUCUCUACCCGUCCGUAAAACCCUCCACCAGGUUGUUGUCAUUUAGCAGGCACUCUUAACCAGAGUGACUUACAGUAGUGAGUGCAUAUAUUUUCGUACUGCUGCAAAAUACCACAAUUAAGCCAAAGGCAUAUACAAAAAAUUCAUAUUUCAUACCACACUCACUGUCUGUCGAUGAUUAGAACCUGAUGAAAUUGAGAGCAUUUUGUUCAAGUGUUGAGGAUUGAGGGAGUGGCAGACAGCUGUAAUGUUCCAGAAUUCUUUAGCAUAAGGAAGAAGUAAAAUAGCAGUGAAUAACCUGCUACUUCCUGAGUUUCCGUUAGCAGCUGUGCUGAGGAGAUAGAGGGUGGUCCUCCUCAGAGGCAGGCACCUGCACUGACACCAGGAAGACAGGCCUGAUUAGAAGAAGAGCUGCCAGGAACAGAAGGACGAGAGAGAGAGAGAGAGAGAGAGAGAGAGAGAGAGAGAGAGAGAGAGAGAGAGAGAGAGAGAGAGAGAGAGAGAGAGAGAGAGAGA